UUGAUCUUUUCCCAGCCAACGCCGAUCGUCCUGGUUUGGGAGCGAGAUUUUCUGCUCAAAGUCAAUCUCACACACCCUGCUCAAUCCUUCCUCUUCAUUCACUCCCUCGCUGGCAGUCAGACUCAUCACGUCACUUCCCCCAGUGUUUUUUUUUUCCGUCGAGUCUACAACUCGCGCUUUUCGCUGGAUCCGAAUCCACGGCCAUAGCUCUUUCGUGGAGUAUUGACUCGUGAGUCGAGACCUGCGAAGACAAUCGCAAAAAUGUCUUCCCAAAACAUUAGCGAGAAAGGCGGCGAUAUCGAUGUUCGGGGAACCACCCCGUCCCAUAGCGAUGUCGACGUUCCCGAGGCUGGCAUUGACGAUGCCUGGAGAUUCCUCAACGAGCAUCGCGAUGCUGCUGGCGUUGCUGCCGUCAACAUCAGCUCUCUUCGGCUCAAGAUUGACUUCCACAUUGUCCCCCUCAUGUUUCUGUGCUACACAAUGCAGUUUCUUGACAAGGUCAUCCUGAAUUACGCUGCUGUCAUGGGCCUCAACAAGGACCUGAAUCUUCAGGGCAACGACUUUUCAAACGUAGCUACAUUCUGCUUCGUCGGCUUGCUCUGCUUCGAAAUUCCCAAUACCUAUUUCCUCCAGGUCGUUCCAGCUGCCAAGUGGCUCGGACUCAAUGUCACUCUCUGGGGCGUUGCUACUGCUUGCGGUGCUGCGGCUCACAACUACCAAACGCUGCUCGUCUCUCGUGUCUUCCUGGGUAUCUUCGAGGCCACUAUUGGACCUUCUUUGAUGCUCAUUAGCAGCCAGUGGUAUACAAAAUCUGAGCAGGCUCCCCGCUUCUCUUUCUGGUAUCUCGGCCUGGGUCUGGGUCAGAUCCUCGGUGGUGCCAUUUCCUACGGCUUCCAGCAUGUCACUGUUGGUGCUUCCUUGGCUGGCUGGCGCAUCAUGUUUGUCGUCUUGGGAUGUAUCACCGUUGUCAUCGGCCUCUCCACCUUCUUUUUCUUGCCUGACACUCCCAUGAAGGCCUCCUGGCUGUCUGAUAAUGAGAAGGUUGCCCUCUUGAAGCAUGUCAGCGUCAACCAGACUGGUAUCCAGAGCCGCAAGUUCCGUCCCAAGGAGAUUGUGGAGGCUCUCCUUGACCCUCAAAUCUGGCUUUUGCUCCUGUCCGUUGUUCUGCUUUCCGUCUCCAGUGGUGUUGUCACGACAUACUCUGCUACGCUGAUUAAGAACCUGGGCUAUGUGCCGACUAAGGCUGCCCUUAUGAACAUGCCUUCGGGUGUUAUUAGCAUCUUUUUCACUCUUCUCGUCGGCUUCGGCGUUCGCAAGCAGUCCCACCGAUGGGCUUGGAUUAUUAUCUGCAUCAUUCCUGCAAUUAUUGGAGGCGCCUUGAUGUCCUUCCUGAACUCCAAAACCCACCCCUCAGGCGUUUUGGCUGGUAUCUACCUGGUCAAUGCAGUUGUCGCUCCCCUGCCCCUCUUCUACGCUUUGACUGUUGCCAACGUCAGUGGUGCUACCAAGCGUGCCUUUGCCGCUGCCAUUGUUAGCGGUUCGUUCUCCCUGGGUAACAUCAUUGGACCCCAGACCUUCCAGGCUCGUGAUGCGCCCGACUUCCGACCUGCCAAGCUGGCGGUCAUGGGCACUCAGGCUGGCUCUGCCGUGACUACCUUUGCCCUCUUCCUCUACUAUGUAUGGAGCAACAAGAGACGCGGUGACCGCAGCAAGGAGAAUGAGGAGCAGUUUAUGUCUCCUGAAGUCUGGGCCACCAUGACAGAUAAGGAGAACAAGUUCUUCCGAUACACAUACUAAACUAUAUACAAUGUGCUAAUGCGGUGGGAUUUUUGGUUUUUUUUUUUUCUGGACUCAUUACCUUUUUUAUUUACGGUGCAUAAUGAAAGAUCAAGCAAGAUGAUGGUUAAAGACUUGCAUGUUGAAAUAUGAGACGUGUCUGGGAUACCCUCGCUGCCACGACACCAAAAGUUAGAGAGCAUUCGCUAUUUAUAGAUGCCAAAUACAUAUACGAUAAUCCUGUCCGCUAU